UUUGGUUUGUUUACAUUAAUAUUGCUAGCGCUAAAUCUGACUGUGGUGAAUCUUAUGAAUAAGGUAUCACGGUGUAAUACCAUUAACGAUGACGAAACCGUCUUUCUUGUCGUUAACAGCGUUUCUUCUGUUAUGUUCAGUAAAAAUUGUUAAUGCAAAACAGCCACACAUUUUAUUUGUACUUGCCGACGAUUACGGAUACAAUGACAUCGGGUAUCAUGGAUCGGAAAUCAAAACACCAAACCUGGACAAGUUGUCAGCAGAAGGUGUCAGACUGGAGAAUUACUAUGUACAGCCGAUCUGUACACCUACAAGGAGUCAACUUAUGUCUGGGAGGUACCAGAUCCACACUGGACUGCAACAUAGCUUAAUCUGGGCUCCCCAGCCCAAUGCAUUGCCGAGGGACAGUCCCAUCCUCUCAGACAAAUUGAAAGAGGCUGGAUACUCUACACAUGCUGUAGGAAAAUGGCACCUUGGCUUCUACAAGGAGGAGUACCUCCCAAAUAACAGAGGCUUUGACACAUUCUAUGGUUAUCUGGCAGGUAGUGAAGACUAUUACACUAAAACAUUAUGUUAUGGAAAAAAUUUUUGUGGAAAAGACUUACGAGACAACUUCAAAAUUGUUGAACCAACUCCAGAUGAAUAUUCAACUGAGAUGUAUAAUAAUCAUGUGAUAGACAUGAUCAAUCAGUAUAACUCCUCCAAGCCCAUGUUUCUUUACCUGGCACUUCAAGCUGUCCACUCCCCAUUACAAGUACCAUCCAGGUAUACAGAACAAUAUGCUCAUAUCAAAAACCACAACAGGCGGAUAUAUGCAGGAAUGGUGUCAGCCAUGGAUGAAGCCAUUGGAAACAUCACAGCAGCUUUUCAGGCCAAAGGGAUGUGGGAUGAUACCAUUAUGGUCUUCUCCACAGACAAUGGUGGAGAGAUAUUAGAUGGGGGCAACAACUGGCCCCUUAGAGGCUGGAAGAGAUCCCUUUGGGAGGGAGGAAUGCAUGGUGUAGGAUUUGUACACGGGAAAGCUCUACAGAAAAAAGGAAAAGUUUCCUCUGAACUCAUACAUGUGACAGACUGGUACCCAACAUUGGUAGGACUGGCAGGGGGCUCCCUAAACGGUACCAAACCUCUCGAUGGGUUUGAUCAAUGGAAAACAAUCAGUGAAGGAGCUAAGAGCCCCAGAGAAACACUGCUGCACAAUAUUGAUCCCUUAACAAAGCCUGUGGGGAACAGAUUGGAGAAUAGCCCCUUUGACAAUCGUUACAGGGCUGCUCUCAGAUGGAGAGACUGGAAGGUGGUUACAGGUAGUCCAGGCAAUGGGAGCUGGGUCCCUGUACCUACUGCAAGCAAUAACUUCAACAUUGACGUUGACACUGAUGAUCCAACGAAGAACCUUUGGCUGUUCAAUAUUGCUAAGGACCCUGUGGAAAGAAAUGACCUGUCACCAUACUAUCCAGACCUAGUGAUGAAGAUGCUGACAAAGCUGCAGCAGCUGAAUGUGACAUCUGUACCUUGUGUUUAUCCUCCAUAUGAUAAUAACUCUAACCCAGAACUGCAUGGGGGCUGGUGGGGACCCUGGGAAAAAUAAGAGUAUACUGCAUAUAUAUUUUUGUUCGGAGGGUAACUUAAAGGAUGUAUUCGAUGAUCCUUUAAUUUCGAUACACUUCAAACCAAAAUAUAAAUACAUACUGUUGUUCCUAGAAGUUAUUUGGUCAGGAAACAAAACAAGUCAGUUUCUGCCACAGUGCAGUUUCUAUCUGUUGUCCUUCUGUCCCAAGCUUCCUUUUAAAUGACUUCUAUGUUCUCUGUCUUAAUCAAGGAGCUGCAGGCUCUGAUAUAAUCAUGCAGGCUGGGAUUAUGAACAACCAUAUUUAUCCAAAUAAAUUAUUUUGAAGCAUUUUGAGGUCAUGGGAGUCAAAUGCAUUAGAAGCUUCUAACAAACUCUUUCAUAUCUCCUCUUGGAUUACUGUACAAUCAUGUGUUUUCAAAAAAUUACUUUUUCCUGGACACUCAAUUUUCGUGAAUUGAUAGAGCUUGAUGAAUUUACUUACAUGUCUUCUGAUUUAAAAGUUCUUUGACAUAAAUUUAUAGAUUUAGAAUACCCACAAAAUCAAUGAAAAAUAAGUCUUCCACCAGAAUGAAUGGU